AACAAAUCCACGUUUGAAAAUGUUAUCAACCAAGCUAGAGGCUCCACUCUGGUUGUGGUGAAUGGUAGGUUUAUGUUUACACUCUAGAUGUGAUGUGUUUUACUCUUCUCAAUGGACAGUCAAUUUCACAUGCAGACAUAAAUUGUGUAAUCUAGAAUCCAGACUAGUGUUAAUCAAUCUGUGGUUCAUGGACUGGCAGCAGUCCCUGAGGUGUUCCAGACCGAUUUAGUCAGCUCUCAAGUGUUAGUUUCAAUCUAAACAACCAUAGCCUGCUAGUCCAGAUACAAAUAAGUUGAGAAACACUGUUCUUCAGUGGCUUUUCUUUUGUAAAAUUCUGUCUAUGAUAGUUAUUCUGUGUGAGUGCAGCAGCAUUCUGAUUAGAUUUCCCCAUUUGGUGAAGUCUUACAUAGACAAUGCCCUACAGCUGCCAUGCCCUACAGCUACUGCGGUAACGCUGACCCCCUUUCACUCAGCUGACGAGAAGCCGUGCCUAUCUGGCUGGGUAAACAUCAUCAUCAUUAUCACCAGCAUCUUGACCAUCCUGCUGUGUGCUGUCAUCUUCGUCAUCUGGGUCUCUCCACAGGUGAGUGUGCUGAAGGUUGUCUGGGUGAUGGGUCAAUCACAUGUAUCUGUCAAACUCUGUCAAAACAUUGUCCUUUAUUAACAAGUUGUCCUAGUCCUACUAAACACUUUGGGAGCAUAAUAACAGUAUGCAGAUCUACAUUUUGUUCUAAACUCUGUCAAAACACAAUGUCCUUUCAAUGCCAGUCAUCGUAGUGACUGAAAUGGACAACGGGCAAUUCAGAUGCAUUAUCUUUUUAAUCAAUGUCCAAGAAUAAUUAAAGUGGUUGAAUUAGUAAAAAUUAUUGAUUGCUUGUAGCGCAUUAGAAGAUAUGAAUGAAGCAACAUUCCUGUUUCACAGGUGAAGAGGGGAGGAUACACACCCCAGGUCUUUCCUGACUCGGUCUAUGUAGACAUGGGCAAGAAUCGCUUUCCUCCACCAGCCACACAGCAGGUAGAAUCAGACCCCUAUUCUGUGUCUACCAAAGGAGGACGUAGGACCACUGAG